AUGCUUCAUAUAUUGGCAUUGGGGGUAUAUUGUCUCAAGAGAGUAUGCCAGUAUCCUUCUACGAGGAGGGAUUUCUUCUUCCGAACGACGCCCUUUGCCUUUACAAAUCCCUCUUUCGAACGACGUUCUCCCUCUGCCUGGUUUCUCAUUUUCUUCUUCCGCUUGUGGGUGAGCUCCGAAUCUUUGAAGGAUUUCAGGCAUAUCUCUCCUGCCGUGGGCAAAAUUGAGUUUGGAGUGAUCAACCAAUCUGUUUCUGCCUUCAAUCACAUCCUUGGUGACUUUUCUCUCAUUGUAUAUCAGUUUCAGGCAAUCAGUGCUUUCUCCACUGUCAUCGACAGAUUAGGCAUGAUUGUUCCAAUGCUUGAAGCUUUGAUGGCUGUUGUCCCUGUUGAGAAGCUUGUUGUACAUUUCCAUGACACAUAUGGGCAAUCUCUUUCAAGUAUUCUCAUUUCCCCCCAGUAAGCAAAACUUGAAUAAAUUUGUUGUACUAAGCCAAUCCCUUUCCUCUUUGGUCGGGUGAUCCCCACAAUGAUAAAUGUACAUCUCAAAAAUCAACCUAAUAAAAAACUCAGGUGGGCCACAUGAAGUGAAUUUAUAAAUUUUAGU